AUGAAGAAGAGGAAAAAGAAGACGAUGAAGGGAAAAGACGGAACAGCGAACAUCACCAACAUUGAAACAUACAGACGUUUUUUUAUUUGUUGCCAACAAACCAUCAACAGUGAUGGGGAUUUUCAUAAUGGUGGCAACGUUGGGAGUGAUGAGGAUGUUGAUGAUGAUGAUGAUGAUGAUGACGGCGAUGAUGACUAUGGUGAUGAUGAUGAUGAAGAUGAAGAUGAUGAUGGUGAUGAUGGGAAAGGAGGAGCUGGGAGAGAAAAACAUUAA